AUGUAGAUAAAGAUUAUUAAUUAUUUAUUUAUCAUCUAUUUUUACGUUCAAAUAAGAGAUUGUGUUACAACUGCAACAGUAGGUAUACCAUUUAGGUGUUACAUAAAUAAUUUAUGAUUAUAAUAUUACGAAAGAUAAUAACAAUGAGUCUUGAUUGCUGCUGUAAAGUGUCGACCCAUACCAUCAGUUGUAAAUCAAGAACGGAACAUGGCGGACGCGGAAAAAACAUUACGCGAUUUGCUUGACAAAAUAUUGGACGAUAGAAAUUAUAGACCGAGGGAAAUCGAAGUCAAGGCUAUUCCAACUACCGGAGCGAAUUACACAUCAGCUUUAUUCAUAGUUAAUGUUUCAUCACCCGAUCGUGAUGAUCUGAAGCUGUUCGCAAAAGUCGCUUGCAUUGGAGAGACAAUGCGAGUCCGCAUGCAUGCUGAUUGGCUGUACAAAACAGAACGUGUAGUUUACAAACAACUUGUCAAAAUAUACGAAGAUAUACAAAAGGAAACAAAUGUUCCGGAAGAACAUAAAUAUGUUUUCCCACAAUUCUACGGAUGUAAUGAAGAACUGGGUGAAGAAACGGUUGUAAUGGAGAAUUUGAUUGCGGUUGGAUUCAAAUCUUACGACAGGUUCAAAUCAAUUGAAUGGGAUUCAGCGAGUAUUGCGGUUGAGAAUUUAGCAAAGUUCCACGUUUUGUCGUUUGCCUUUGCAAAAUAUCGGCCUGAGGAAUUUGAAAAAUUGACAGCUGACAUGUUAUAUGAAAUCGGUAACCCUGGUGAUGAACCGGAUGAAAAUAUGAUGGCUCUGUGGAUGACCAUGGUUGAGAAUGCCGUGGGAGUGGUGAAGGAAGAGCACAGGGAGCGUGUGAGGGAUUUCGCAAUGAAGAAUAACUUAUGGAAUAAGUUUUACAAGCCAAUCGGAAAACCGGUUAUAUCCCAUGGAGAUUACCGGAUGAGCAAUUUGUUGUUUAGAACACAGGGCGACAGUCUCCAAUCCAUCGCCGUGGACUAUCAGACGGUGCACGCUGGCUGCCCGGUCAGCGACCUCAUAUACUUCAUCUUCACGGGCUCCGAUGAGGAGUUCAGGAGGCAGCACUACGAGAGACUCUUAGACCACUACCACUCCAGCCUGGUGCAAGCCCUGGAACGACUUGCCGUGGAUCCUAGUGUCUACACGCGAGAAAAGUUUGACAGCGAUAUGAAAGAGAUGCUGCCUUACGCGAUUCUACUCGGAGUGGUGGUGCUGCCCGUAGUGACGGUGCAGGCGGAUCUGGCGCCAAACGUCCAGGGAGACGCAGAUGUCAGCGACUUCGUCAUGGCGCCCAACGAGCUGUACGCUCAGCGGUUCCGGGGCAUCGCCAAUGACUGCGUGCGCUGGGGGGCAAUUUAGCACGAACCGAUCCAGCUCAGCUAAAAUAGAAGGCAAGAAUUAUCCCACGAUUAUAUCCACUGACAAGGGAUAAUAUUUACUUGUCCACCCACCAAAGCACGGCAACAGGUAAAAGGCGAAGCGUAAAGACACUAGAAAUGUCAUGUAGGUGACGCCUACAUGACAUUUCUAGUCUUAUCGCCGCGACUUGACUGUUAACAAAUUGUUAUUUGAUACAAGAACUACAUUUUUAACAGUAUAAUUGAAACAACUACUCCCAGAACGUGCGUGCGUGUACCUAAACGUAUAAACGGCAGCUGAGCGGCUAGCAUGGGCUGGAGACAUAUCUCCCCGGGGAAGGAUAUAAAUGUAUCUUCUCCCACAUCUUUAUCAACUCUCCGAACACUAGCGCACAACUGGAAAUAAUAUCCAAAUAAUAUAUGUGUAAUAACAGCUCUAACUUUUCUAAGUUAUGUGCGUUUUAAGCAAUUAAAACCUUAUAAUCACUUGCCUUAACAGUAAAGGAAAACACCGCGAGGAAACCUGCACAACAAGUCCACUAAUCCGCAUGUUGCCAGCGUUGGGCUAUGGCCUUAAGCCCUUCUCACUGUGGGAGGAGACCCGUGCCCUGUAGUGGGCCGGUAAAGGUGAUGAAAUGAUAGUGAUGAUGAUGAAUGAACGGGGGUAAACUUCUCCUUUUCAAUAUUCCCGCGCUUUAGCAGGGGGACACGUUAAUUAUAUCUUAUGUCAGGGGAUAUAAUCGGGGGAUAUAUAUUUUGUUUCCUGCCUGUGCUAGCCCUGAGCCGUCAUCGUUCCGCGAGCGUUUUGCUAUAGAGUGCUAUAGAGUGCUAUAGAGGGCAACUCUAGUGUAUAAUUAAAAGGUUUCUAUUAUGAGAAGUUUACCCUGUUUGAUAUUACAUGAAUUACACCCCCUACCCUCUCAGCACAUUAACUUCUUCUGCUGGGCCCAGGGCCGCUUUCUCAUAGGAGAGGGGAUUGUUAAUUUGAUAAGUUAAUAACCAAGACCGACGGCCUAAAGAGGUCUGCAAGGAACGGGGUAUGACACCACUAAUUUGCCAUCUCCGGAGAAAUAUUAUAUAUGCAACGUGUAACAGAAUUACGAAAUUAUAUUGGAGGAUGCAUAUAUAUAUUCCAAAAGGAAUCAUCCUGUAAAAAUCAUAUAUCAAAACAAGCAUAUUUAUUUUUCUAUACAAAUAUAGCA